AUGCGGAGGCAUCACAUUUUCCGUUAUGCUACUUCGCCCGGGCUAGUUUCCUCUGUGGAAAGUCUUCCCCAUACCAGCCAUCCCACACUCGACCGUCUCCGCAGGCAUGAUCUUACUCUGCGCGUCCCCAGCCGCGAUGGACUUCUUCGCAUUUCUUUCUGCAGCUCUGCGGUACUGCUUUUUGAAACAAUCUGGCGGCAUCGCGUACUCGCGGAAAGACCCCUUAACUUCCCUUUUCUGAAUCUUGUGGGAACGCAUCUGAAUUUGACUAAUCUGCUUGCCUCCUUUCAGGAAGGGGAAGAACGGGUGAGAUGCCACUUUGCGGCCCGCGAAAUGACCAUCGUCACGGAGGCCCUCGCUCUGGGGGAGUGCCGCUGCUAUUUUCAGCACAACCCCGAGUACGCGCCGGCGGAAUCUUCUGCACCUUUUCCACUAAAGGUUGAUCGUAUUCUUUAUAAUCAAAGCAAACCCUUUACCUCUGUUGUGAAUGCGGAUUUGGCGAGGCUUAAAACAUGCGAAAUCAUUUCUCAUUCCUUGGAUGGUAGUGAUUCCGCGUGCAUAAAUUCACUUGACGAAAUUAUACCGUUACUCAAGAAAAGCGAUCUCGAGACGUCGUCGUCCUUGUUUCCUUCUUCACCGCUCUUUGGUUUGAAAGGUAUUCAAUCCGUCAAUUCUGAUACACUCAAGGCAUUCUUUGACUAUAAUAUUUCGUUACACGGGUAUAACCUUUUUCGUCAGUCGGAAGGCUGUUCAGCGGUAGUCUUCGCACACACUUCUUUAUUAGAACAGCGAAUCGAAGAGCUCACCAUGGCCCUCAUGUCCGAGAUAUCGAAGGAUGAAGCACUAACCCUGGCGCAGAAUGUUGAUUUAAAUGAAAAAAACAAAGCUAAAUGGUUGGAUACCUUGCCUAGCUUGGUUCCCCUUUCCUUCGGCGUUGUCGUGCAGCCUCUUGCGGCGAGUAAUAGAAUCGAAUGGCAGCUGUGGCUCCUCCAAUCUACAUUAAUGCAGGCAAGUCUGGCAUUAAUGACAUCAAAAACGGGAGUUGAUAAUCUCCCCCAUAACAUAUUGUUUCUAAAACCUUUAUUUGACCGCUGUGCGGAAACACAUGCCACCUGCCAGUAUAUACUUAGUUUGAUAACGGGGGACUACAACGGUGCCCACGCGGUGUCGGAAAAGGCGCGCCAAUACACGCACCCCGUUGAGGAGGUUGCGACGAUUGUUGAGCCUAUUCGUAGAGCUUUGGAGAUAAAUGGGAUUUUCAUUGAAUUGGAGGCUUCCGCGGCGGUAAGAACGAGGCUGGACUUUUUCUGCCGCUGCUCCACUGCAAAUCUAUUGCAGGGGCUGGAAAAUGCUCCCGUGGAUUCUCUGCGAGAAUUGAUGUCGACGAACGACUUCUGUUGUACAUACUGCGGGAAGGCUCUCCGGCCGACACCGGAGGAGUGGAAUCACUUAAUCGAAAGGCGCGUUAAACAAGAUUAA